AGCAUGCUGGGCCGGGUGCGCACGGCCGUGGCGCACCUGGUCGGGGGGCAGCCCCCAGCCCCGGCCCCGGAGCCCGCGGCCCCGGAGCCCGCUGCCCCCGGCCCCGCGCCGGCCGAGGGCUUCUCGCGGCCGGCCUUCCUGCAGCUGAGCCCGGAGGAGCUGCAGCGGGCGGACGACCACGCGGGCAGAGCCGUGCAGAGCCCCCGCGGCACGCGCCGCCGCCUGCCCUGGAGCACCGGCUACGCCGAGGUGAUAAACUCAGGGAAGAGCCAGCACAACGAGGACCAGGCCUGCUGCGAGGUGGUGUUCGUGCAGCGGAGGCCCGGCCAGAGGCGUAACCCAGCCGCGGGAGAGUCCGAGUGGGGCAGGAAGAGCCUGUACUUCCACUACUGGGGGCUGUUUGACGGACAUGCGGGCAGCGGUGCCGCCAUCAUGGCCUCCAAGCUGCUUCACCGGCACGUGUGCGAGCAGCUCCGGGACCUGGUGGACAUCCUGCAGGACCCGGCACCCGCCCCCAUCUGCCUGCAGAGCGAUGCCAGGGUGCCGGCCGAGGCGAGCCGGGCCGCCUUGGCGGAGGAGGAUGCGGAGCCCCUCAACGACGCCCUGCCCCGCUUCCAUCUGGAGAAGGCAGUCUCCCACGAGAGCCUGGUGAUCGGUGCCAUUGAGAACGCCUUCAAGCAGAUGGAUGACCAGAUUGAGCGGGAGCGGGCGACGCGGCACGUGUCCGGCGGCUGCUGUGCCCUGGUGGCCGUUUACUUGCUGGGGAAGUUCUACGUGGCGAACGCGGGGGACAGCAGGGCCAUUAUCAUCCGUAACGGGGAAAUCAUUCCAAUGUCCCGGGAGUUUACUCCAGAGACAGAGAGGCAGAGGCUGCAGUUUUUAGGGUUUCUGAGACCCGAAUUGCUGGGAAACGAGUUCACGCACCUCGAGUUCCCCCGGAGGAUCCAGCACAAGGAGCUGGGGAAGAAGAUGCUGUACCGUGACCAAAGCAUGAACGGCUGGGCCUACAAGAAGAUAGAGGAGGAUGACCUCAAGUUCCCACUCAUCUAUGGAGAAGGCAAAAAGGCGCGGGUCAUGGCCACCAUUGGGGUGACACGGGGCCUGGGAGACCACGACCUGAAGGUGUAUAGCUCCAACAUCCACAUCAAACCCUUCCUGUGCUGCUACCCCGAGGUCCGGGUGUACGACCUCACGCAGUACGAGCACUGCCCCGACGACGUCCUGGUGCUGGGCACUGACGGCCUGUGGGACGUCACCAACGACAAGGAGGUGGCCGAAGUAGUCAUGGAUGUGCUGAUGGGCUACGAGCCCAAUGAUCCCUGCAGGUACACCAUGGUGGCGCAGGAGCUGGUGGUUCGGUCCCGGGGGGUGCUGAAGGAGCGCGGCUGGCGCCUGGCCAACGACAAGCUGGGCUCCGGGGACGACAUCUCCGUCUUCGUCAUCCCGCUGGGCGGCCCCGGCAAUUACACGUGACGCUGGGCCGGCCCAGGCCGUGGGCCUCGUGCCACUGAAAAGGACCUGUGACCGGGAUGCUGGUGCUGCUGGAGGUGGGCGCGCGGAGGGAUCCCCACGGAGCCUCGACCUGCGCCCCCAUCCAGCUGCCUGCCACGUCCCGGCCUUUGCCCCGGCAGCGAGGGGAAGAAGCUGUCAGCACCCCAGGGUAAGGGGUCAAGGUUGGGCUGUUGCAUAGCCAGCUCUUGCUGGGCUCUGGGACCCCGCUCCCCGGGGCCAUGCCUGCCGGGAUGGGCGAGUGCAGCCAGGGGCUGGAUUUCCCCUUGCUCGGUGGUGCGCACGCCUGCCGUCAGCAGCUCUUUGCUUUGUUCUCGUGUGUCACGCUGGCUGGCAACACUGCGCUCACUGCUAGUGCCCCCCUGCGCCCCUGCGCUGGGUGCCCAAUUGCCUCAGUGCCCGGGCCGGGCUCUCCUGCAGGGUAACAGCGGUGCCAGGGACAGCAGGGAGUCACACUUAGCUCCCCUGUUCAUGCAGCCCUUGCUGCCGGCCACCUCCUUGUCUCAGCCCUUGUAAUGGGGUGGGCAUCCCAUCAUGGGAGUGCCUGUGCCAGUAGCAUGGGGCAUCUGCCAGCCCUCUGUCCCGAGGCUUUGCCCCGUCCCUGUCCCUGUCAGGUCAGCGCUGUGUUUCUGAGGCCGGGCGUACUCAGCUCAGUGUUACUCACCGAAGAGCUGCUCCGAGCACUGCUCAACUCGCAGAUCCUUUCUGAGCAGCUCUGAUCGCAGCCGCCAGCCCCGCAGAGCUACGCCUUCCCUGUGCUGCCUGCACGUGCUUUGCCCUGGGGCCGAAAGAGGUGAUUUCUUGUCUCGGUCCUGGCCCACUCUGCAUUGCCGGGAGCUGUGCUGCUCUGCAGGUCUGUUCAGGUAGCGGAGGCAGCGCCUCAUGCAGACAGCUCGCCUGGGACACGAGCUUCCCAGGUCUCUGCAGAGCAGGGUGUCACAGGUUAAGGGGGCCAUCCUGGCCCUGUAGCUAUGCAUCGCUGUCCCUGGGCAGAGCUUCCCGCUGCUGGCCUGCACUUUGGCUUUGCCCGUGUCUGUGUCCUGCUGCCGUCGGGGGCACCUGCGAAGCAUCUGCGUUGGGUAAGCGCGGCCUGUCUCUCUGCAGCUGUGCCAUGUAAAUAAACUGGCUGCGCCCAGCGGGA